UGUGCCGAGAGAUUACGCAGAUCUGUGCAAUGUCCAGAACACUGCUGGGUUAGGCAGAGCAGGUUUUACAUCCUGUUACCAAUCCAGGUUGCUGGAUUCCAGGGCACGCUAUUACUUCUGAUGGCUCCUUUGAUUGAAAAUAAUUUCACAGGAUUUUUUGAGGAUUUAGAUCCUUAUGUUUUUUUCCUGUGUUAGUCAUUUGAUUCAUAGUAAUGGUAUCCUUGGGAUUUUUUUCCUAUCAUUCACUUGCACUCUAUUUCUGGAUGAAAUUUUCAUCCACUCAAUCGUCUUUGUACAAUUCAUUUGUUUUUCAUGUGAUAGCAGACACUUUCUCACCCAAAUUCUUAUAGUUUUCUAUCUUAGGGCUUAUUUGAUUCGUAGGAGAAGGAUCUAAAAAUACAAAAAUAAUAUAGGAUGACACGUGCAAAGCAGAGGAUUGUGAAAACACAUGAAUCUGCAUAGUUGAGUUUUCGACGCGCAAUAAUACGAAAAACGCAUGAAUUGUGAAAGCAAUGGUCAAAGUAAGGUUUGUCAUAUACUGUAAAACACUCUUUCAUCAAAAUUUCCAUAGUUUCCUAAUCUCAUACGAUUUAGCGGGGCUAUAUAACAAUAACGCUAGAAACAUAAACAUUUUGCCAAGAGUACAUAAACCCUGUAAAAGUCGACAAUAAUGCUGCAGUUGAUACCGAUGCAAUUGGCAAUGACAAAAAUGCCCUUCAGGAGGAGAAAUGUGCAUUUUUUUGAACAUAGGAGAAAUGUGCAGUUGGUAAAGGAUAAAGUUGAAGCUCAAAAGGAUAUGCAUUGUUCAAAAAACAGUUGAUUAAUGCUCAGAGGCUCACCAAGUAAUCGAUUAAAAGAUUAAUCAGCUAAUUAACUGGAAAAUUCGAGUGAAUAGCAAAAAACUACUACAUUACGGGCUAUCGUUCCGAAAAACUACAUUUUUUAAUUUUCCAAAAAACUACCACAAAAGUGGUGGGCUGAUAAAAAAACAAGUGGUCGAACGGUUACAAUUUAAGUGGGGUUAUGACAUGUGGGGCCCGCCCGUCAGGGUUUUGUCGGCCACAAGGGCUCACGGCGCGCGGGUGACGGCCGUUAGGGCGCACGAGCCGUCCCGACCAGGUCAAGACGGAUCCGGCCCUCGCUCUGUCUUCCUCGCGCUCACUCACUCUCACUCUCUCCCUCCUCACUCUGUUUCCCUUGGCCGAGCUCGCCAUGUCGCCGACCACCUCCGUUCCUCGUCGGCGGCCAGGAUGCCUUCUUGGAAUGAUGGGGAUGACAGCUCUGACGAUGACAGCUUGGGGGGCAACCUGAUGGACAUGGAGUACUUUGACACACCCAACACCAUCCGUGAGCCACUCUAGUGUGGUGCUCCCAUGGAGGAAGUUGCCAAGUGCACUCUGCAACAGAUGAAGCCUAUGAAGUGUGUUACUUUUGAAGGUGCUAACACUGGGAGGAGGUUCUAUGGAUGCCUUGUUCAUGGAGGUGUGAGUUGUGGUGUAGUUCAGUGGGUUGAUCAUGUCUGGUCUGAUGUACUUAAGAACUGCCUCAUCAAGUUGUGGGAAAUGUUCCAUGAGCAAAACUUUGGAAGGAUUCAAGACAAGCAUUCAUAUGAGGAUGAAGUUGCCAAGUUGAAAAAGGAGUAUGAUCAUCUCUGCACUGAGUAUCAUAAAAUGGUUGAUGAUGUUAGCAAGAUGUUUGACUGGCAGGAUGGUGUUGGCAAGAUUGACUACCAGAAAGAAAUGGAUGUUGAGAAAUAUGAGAAGAAGAAGUAAGAGCUAGAGCUGGGGAUGAAGAUGGAGAAAUAUGAGAAGAAGAAGUAAAACCCACCCCCUUGGCAGA